AUGGCAGUUCCUAAAGAAGCGGCUUCUCAAUGGCUGGAACAAGUAAAAAACGCACAUAGGCAUGGAGAAGAACAAGGCAUAGUAUCUCAUGUGCAUCCAUGCAUCUUCACCAUACCAGAGUCCCUGCGUUCUGAAAGGCCAGAAGCCUAUGUGCCACGGGUAGUUUCUUUUGGACCUUACCACCAUCUUAAGCUUGAUCUGCGUGUCUAUGAAAGAGAUAAAACUAAUCUUACCAUCCAAUUUGAGAAAAAGGCAAAACGAGGGACUUUUGAGGAUUUGGUUAAAUAUCUAAUUAGCCUUGGAGAGGAGAUAAGGAACAGCUUUAAUAAUCAAAUUGAGUGUGGAGAUGAAGUAUUAGGAUGGAUGAUGGCUCGAGAUGCUGUGUUUAUUCUGGAGUUUUUUGAAUGUUCUGACCCAUAUGGAAACCCUAGAUUUCGACAGAAUAACCCUUAUUUUCAUUCAGAAAGUAAGAACCCUUUGUAUUUCCCACUUCACGCUGAUAUAUUUAAGCUGGAGAACCAAAUACCACUUUUCAUUUUGAAAAAAGUUUUGGAAUGGCAGAUUGGUUCUGAAAGUGAAGCUUUAAACAGGCUUAACAUGACAAUUUCAAGCGCCUGUAAAAAGUUCUCCCCUUUCAAGGAUGUUGGAGAUCCUUAUCGAUUUUCUACACGAGAAUGCUACAAUGAUUUGCUUGAUGGAAGACAUAUACUGGAAUGCCUUUAUAAUUAG